CGCAGGCUCCGGCCGGAGGCCCGCUUCCCGGACGCGCGCUGUCCCGCCGUGGGCCCUCCCUCCGGGGGCGUGGCCACGCAGGUGCAGGGGCGUGGUCGGCGCCCGGAGCGCCAGGUGCGGCUUCCGCAUCAAGAUGGCCGCCGCCCGCCGCGCCGGGGCCGGGGCCUGGGCUGCGCCGCGCCGCCGCCGCCUGCUCUCCGCCGGGCCCCCGCUGUGGUGGGUCACCCUGGGCCUCCUGUGCGGGGCCCCCGCGGCUGUGGACGCCGUCCCCGAGCUCGGGCUCUGGACCGCGUCUGUCACCGACAAAUCAGGACCUUUGAUAUUUAGGAAAACUAUGUUUAACUCUACUGAGAUCAAGUUUUCUGUAAAGUCAUUCAGUUGUUCUGGGCCUGUGAAGUUUACCAUAGAGUGGCAUUUGAAAUAUCAUACCUGUCACAAUGAAUAUCCUGAGCUGGAAGAGAUGUCCCAAAAACAUGAACUGCAUUUUGAUGAAGACUUGUGUAGUUAUUUCAAGAACAUUGACUGUUGGACAACAAAAAAUGAAAACUUAGAUUGCAACAGUGAUUUGCAAGUGUUUCCCUCGUUACAUAAUAAAGAACUAAUGAGUGUCAGAAAUGUUUCAAACCAGGAAGGAUCAAUGGAUGUUAUAGCCAAGACACAGAGGGAUGGCUUUCAUAUCUUUAUUGUUUCUAUUAAAACGGACCAAACAACUGCCAGCUGGAAUCUGAAUGUUUCUCUUUCUAUGAUGGGACCGCAUGGAUAUAUCUCUGCAUCAGAUUGGCCUCUAAUGAUUUUUUACAUGGUGAUGUGUAUUGUUUAUAUAUUAUAUGGUGUGCUCUGGUUGACGUGGUCUGCCUGUUACUGGAAAGAUAUAUUAAGGAUCCAGUUUUGGAUUGCAGCAGUUAUUUUCCUAGGAAUGCUUGAAAAAGCAAUUUUUUAUACAGAAUACCAAAACAUCAACAGCACUGGAUUGUCAACCCAAGGUUUACUGAUAUUUGCGGAGUUGAUAUCGGCAGUUAAAAGGACACUGGCGCGUCUCCUUGUGAUCAUUGUGAGCUUGGGUUAUGGAAUUGUGAAGCCACGUUUAGGAACCGUCAUGCACCGAGUGAUUGGACUGGGACUGCUUUACUUGAUCUUUGCAGCUAUCGAAGGUGUAAUGAGAGUCGUUGGGGCGAAUGACUCUGACCUUGUUCUCCUGGCCAGCCUCCCCCUGUCUCUCCUUGACUCUGGCUUGUGCUGGUGGAUUUUCAUAAGUUUGGCACAGACUAUGAAGACUCUCAGGCUAAGAAAGAACACAGUGAAGUUUUCAUUGUAUAGACACUUUACUAAUACACUUAUAUUUGCUGUGCUUGCCUCUAUAGUAUUUAUGGUGUGGACAACUAAGACGUUUAGAAUUGCAAAAUGCCAGUCUGAUUGGAUGGAGCUCUGGGUUGAUGAUGCAUUUUGGAGCUUCCUUUUUUCACUUAUACUUAUUGUAAUAAUGUUUUUGUGGAGGCCAUCAGCAAAUAAUCAAAGAUAUGCCUUCAUGCCCUUAAUAGAUGAUUCUGAUGAUGAAGUUGAAGAAUUCAUGGUAACAUCUGAAAAUUUAACUGAAGGAAUAAAAUUAAGAGCCUCAAAAACUGUUUCCAAUGGAACAGCUAAGCCUACUUCUGAAAACUUUGAUGAAGAUUUGAAAUGGGUGGAAGAAAAUAUUCCCUCUUCAUUUACAGAUGUGGCCCUUCCGGUAUUAGUGGAUUCAGAUGAGGAAAUUAUGACCAGGUCUGAAAUAGCUGAAAAAAUGUUCUCUUCAGAAAAGAUAAUGUGAUUAGAACCUGUGUAAUUGAAACGCCAUUAAUGGUGAAGGAUCACAUUUCAUCAAGACUGAAAGAGAGCUUUGUUGUGAUAUAGCAUAAUAAGUUCUCACUGUGUUUGUUAUCUUGGAAGGCUGUUUAUUAAACUGAAGAAUUCAAGUGGGAGGGUUUUGUGACUGUCAUCAUAAAGCCAACUUUUAAGUGUCAGCUUAAUUUCUUCAAAAACUGUCUGGAUUUGGAAAUAAUCUGAGAAGAGUACUAUACACUGAGAUGUGCACAAACACCUGCGAGGCGGCAGUGACGGCUGUGUGGAUUUGGGUUCUCUUUUCUCUGGAAAAUACGACUGUUUCAGAUUUUUAAAAAUUAUAGAAACACUCCUAUUUUCUUCUCAUUUUUGAGAUAGACAGUGUGGUAUCUUUGAGGUGUACUGUAUCGGUGUCUCCAUCUUGUGGAUUUAUAGUCACUAGACGCAAUGAUAAUUUUGACUUUUAUGCUAAACUGAUUUUGGACGAUAGGCAUGGUUUUUCUGUGUUUCAUUUUGCCUUUAAAAAAUUUUUUUUUGGUCUGCACAAUGCUCUUGUUUGGAGCUGUCACCAUGCCCAUGAAGUCCUGGGGUCGGAUCUUCCCUGAGCUCAGGGAUUGAGGCCCUGCGCUGCUCCCUCCCGAGUCUGUGAGGGCAGUGGGGCGGGCCCCCAGAGCACUUCCCACCCUGGAGAGCCGCCCCCCACGCCCCCAGAGCCUCCUGGAAAGCACUGUGUUGUUUACAUUACCUUAACUGUUUCUACAUCAGAAUAAAAGUGUAAUUUAACUGCAAAGGAUUUCAUAGUUAACGUGUCAUCAGUUCAUCUUCAGCUGUUGGACACCUGGCUUUGUUACACCAUUUGUAUUGUAUGGUUUGAGAUUUGUUUCAAGCUCUUUCUUUAAAAAUGUACUGUCAUAGACUUGAAAGGCAGGUGAAUGUAGCACGAUGAAAAUGUGAAUGUUUUGCUGCUUCCAUGACCAAAGAUACAGGGCUGGCAGACAUGUAGACUAGUAGUGAAAGGCAGACUGGUGGAUGGCUUUUCUGUGAAGAAUUGAGAAGAACGUCAGAGAACUUUGAUUGUAAAAACAUGAGCAUCCUAACAAAGGUUAAUACUGUAUUAAUUAUUUUUAUUCUGAAGCCACAAAACAGUGUUUUUCUUUUUUCUUUCCUGCUUUCUGAAUAAUUUCAUUUCAGAUAGGUUAGUAAAGAAGAGGGCGUUUUAUUUGUUGGCUUGGCUUGGCUUUGCCUUGUUUACUGGCAGUGUCUCUUGCAGGAGGCUUGCAGAUGCCGAGUCAGGACCUGACCUUUGGGGAAGGGCAGGCAUCCUGCCUUGGAGCCAGGCGUCAGGCGUCAGGAAGCCUUGUCUGUUUGAUUUAGCUUGGAGACAGUCUCCUUAUGUAGCCCAGUCUGGCUUUGAACUCACAGGCCUCCUGUCUGCCUCCCAAGUGCUAGGGUGAUAGGCAUGGACAACCCAGGCUUGUCUUAUGAAUGUUUUUAUCUAAUACUUUACCCUAGUUUGAGACGAUUGGCCCCAGUUCACAAGUCGAGUUGAAUACUAAAAUGCAGAGUGCAUAGCCAGCAGCCCCUGGGUGCUGUGUGUGAGUGGCUGGGACUGGGGAGCCCAUGGCUGGAGUGAUAAGGGGUUACCGCCCCUGUGGAAUCGCAGCAGCGGGGGCCAUGGACUGAGGUGCAGGCUGCCCUCUCAUCCAGAGCACGCCUCCUCCGACGCCUUUUAGAAGGGGAUUGCUGCGUCUGUGGCUCUGGUGACAGGCCUGUCACUCGGCUCCUGCUGUUUGAUGACCUGAGCUGAGUAUCCUUACAAGGGCCUGCCUCGCCCCUGCGCGCAAGGAGGAGGGGAGGCGCCCGCAGAGGCCCGCACGCGCCCUGUCCUCCCAGGCCCGCUGCCGGGCACCCAGCUCCUCCGCCUGGAGUCCCCGGCCCGGCAGUCAGCGCCUCGCCGCGGCUGACAUGAGCAGCUGGCUCUAGGAAGCGACCAGAUGGGUCUGUCCAGCGAUGAAAGGGUCUGAGCAACCACACACCACUGGACAAGACACUCAGGAGUUCUUCUGUUAAUUACUCACGCUACGGGCUUCGGAAGAACCUUUCGUGGUGGAAUUUGAUGAGUCUUUAAAUGCGGAUUUACACUUCAGCUGGAAUGGGAAACAUUCAGUCCAUGGGCCACAGAAGGCCUUCAAAACCAGUGGGGGUGGCCCUGACAAGGCAAGGUUCAGAGUUCACUCAGUCCAGGCGUUCUUGCAGAGCACCAUAGGAAUCCUAUGCCAAAUGGUCCUUGAGGAAAAAGGCUCUGCACCCCUGAACAGAGGCUAGUCAAGUUGCUUUAUUGUGAGAAAUAAGAACAAAAUAGCCUGAGGUUAUAGAAUGUCCCUAUACUGAUUCUACAAAGGAAAUAAUUUUUUACAUCUUUGCUGUCUGGUAGUUCUGACUUUCCCCUCUGUAUUGUAGCACAUCAUGUUCUCACUGUUAUACCAUUGAGUCUGAAAAUAUAAAAAUACAUAUAAGGUUAAUUUUUAUAUCCUUUUUGGAAGAGGUUUGUGUCUGUUGCCCUAGUUAUCCAUGACACAAGACAGGGGACCCUGUACUAGUUUUUGGCUCAUUCCAGCACUGUGUCUCAUGAUCCGCAUGCAGGAAGGCAAUAUGAAGCACCAGGCCUUAUACCUAGUGUAAGAGGGAAGUUUAGUAGAUUAAGUUCACGUCUGAACAAUGAAAUGUACAUAUGC